AUGGUCAUUUAUUUAGGAAUCUAUGAUAUGUCGCAACGAAUGGGCCGAAUCAAUAACUACCAGCAUUUCGAUAAAGGAUUCUUUGGUUUAAUGGAUCAAUUAGUAGAAAGUACUAAGCCUGAGUCAUUUAUUCUUCUGGAGGUGUCCUAUGAGGCAAUUUUGGACUCAGGCGUUAACCCACAGUCAUUGCGGGGUUCAAAUACCGGUGUAUACAUUGGACUUACUACAUAUCCACAUUCCGACGGUUAUUCACCGGACGUGCAACCGGAUGUGAGCGGAUCCAUACAUAAUGUCAUAUUUAAAACUGUGUACAAUAUGAAAAAUCUUUACGCAAGCCGAAUAUCAUUCGCCAACGAUUUCAAGGGUCCUUCACUAGUAGUGGACACCGCAUGUUCUUCCAGUCUAUCAGCGUUAACUUUGGCUUGCAAUGACAUAUUAUUAGGUAAAGCCGAUGCAGCAAUCGUUUGUGGCACUCAUAUGUUAUUUGAGCCAUUAAUCAGUCAAUAUCUGUAUGAGUUUGGAGUAUGUUCUCCGAGAGGAGUGUCCGCAGUGUUUGAUGAGUCGGCGGACGGUUUUGUCAGGUCUGAGGCCGUCGUAGCUGUGUUUCUACAGCGCCGACAGGACUCACACCGUAUGUACGCUCAAAUUGUGUCUUCGCGUAUGAAUGUUGACGGAAGGAAAACUGUUGGAAUGCUAUACCCUUCGGCCGACUCUCAGGAGCAACUCAUGAGGGAAACGUAUACUUUAAGUAAUAUUGAUCCUAAAAGGCUAACCUAUUUUGAAGCCCAUGCAACUGGAACCAAGGUUGGGGAUCCACAAGAGGUAAAAGCUAUAUACAACGCUUACUGCGCAACCAGAACAACACCAUUGCCUUUGGGUGCCGUGAAGAGCAAUAUUGGCCAUUCAGAGGGAAGUUCUGGUUUGGCAGCAGUGAACAAUUUCGGAAUAGGAGGAACUAAUGCGCACGUAUUGCUUGAACCGAACUAUAAAGUGGAAACUAGUAAUAGCUUUCUAAUCGCCGAAAACAUUCCCAGAAUUGUUAACAUUUGCGGCCGAACUGAAGAAGCGGUCAAAUAUGUGAUGGAUUUUAUACAAAACAACCCAAAGAGAGUGACGAAUGACUUUUUGGCACUAUUGGCCCCAGUUAUGAGAUUUGUACCAUGUAUUAAUUCAGGGGGAAUGCCGUACAGGGUCAACUAA